GUACGUACAAUACGUGAAUGCGUGUGAGUGUCCGCGUGUAGACCGCGGAGGGGAGUCCGUUGCGGCGUUGGCGAUACAUGAAUGAACCCCCGUUGCCUUGAGCCGGUCCUACCUUCGGUACGGGAGAUCGCCAUUGGUCAACCGGCGGCCGGGUGGAAAACCCACGGUAGGAAUCCGGGUGGGGGUUUCGGCGGGCCGCCCUUACGAUGACGGCGGCACUGUUGCCGCUGCCGUUGCUCCUGCUCCUGCCGCCGCCGCCCGGUCCACACCGUCGUGACUUAAAUGUCCACCGGAGUCAGGUGGCUAUCUCAGUUGAUCGUUUUUGGUCGACGGUAUACCGCAGCGGUCAUCAUCACCGCUCACGAUCAUACACACGCGUUCAUAGUUGCAAGUGCGUAUUGCGACAGCAGACUGUAUUUUUGAAAAUUAUCGUACUUCACACGACCGUCAUCGACAAUCUCUCGCCGCUAACCGUCGAGUGUACACUACAUUUUUGUCGCAUUAUUCGUCGCACCGGUUCGCUGGCGGAACUUCGAUAACAGUAAAAUUUGUAUUAUUACCAAGUGAAGUGUCGUCGGCACACACGAUCGCUGUGCACAAUUACUUAAAAAGUUUACACUCGUUUUCUAUUUGAUUAAUGUUAUUAUUUUUUCGCGUAAUCGAUAAAUAAACAUUUUUAAUUAUUAUCAACGUACAAUGGACACUUUGGAAGCGGUAUGCGUGGAUUGCUACCGCGAACACUGUCGGCGUCAAACCGAGCCCCGGACCGUUCGCGGUCGUCGGAGAUUCGCCCCCAACUACAACGGAAGAUACAAUCGGCUUUUCAUCGCUGGUUCGUUCGUCAUCGGUCUGAUCUUAGUACCCUGCACCAUGCCAGCUCCCAUACCGUCGUCACUGCAUUCCCAUCAGUCUUCCGACGAGUCGUCCAGUCAACCGUCGGGCACGCCGUUUUGGUACAACCCUUGCGGCAUGCAAAUGAUGGACGACAUGAACUGCGGUCCCGGCAGCAAUUGCAACGGCGGCGGUUCCGGUAGCGGAGGCGGAAGCGGCAUGGGAGGCCAUGACAUGAUAGACUCGGACCCCAGACGGUUGGUGGACGUCAUCGAUGGCGUGGCCGUGUCCGCCAGCAACGCACUGAUGCACGCCGAACAGUUUGCCGGAUCAUUCGUCAGCGAAACGUUCCACGUAGACGUUAAACAACACCACGACGUAUGGAAAGAUACGUCUCUGGUGUGGUUGCAACAAGCCGAAUACAUGCCCAAGGAACUAGACGUGCCCCUGGACGAGCCGUACCUGGACAGCCUUACGCUCAAGGACGUACUGCACGCCGUCAACGUGGGCAUGCAAAACUUGGCGGUCGGUCUAGAACAAGUGUCCUGGGACCAGGACAGGGACCGCCUGCCGUACUCCAAGGAUUUCAAAGAGGCCACAUUCAAGCUAAGAGCUGUCUUGUGCGAGAUAUCGGUGGCCAUCAUUGAAAUAAACGAGACGGCGACGCCGCCCGUAUCGCGAGACAUCAUGCCGGCCGAAUCGAGAUCUUCGGCGGACAAUCGGUCGCUGAGGGACUGGCUAAUUCUUCGGGAGUACAUCACCAGCCUUCAGUAUAUCAUUCAAGUGUUCGAAUUCCUGAAAACGAAAAAAUAAUGUCGCCCAGUUCCUACCGGACGCCAACGUAACAACGGCAGCUACCAAAUCGUCACCGGCCACCGCAAUCGAAAUCAAACUACCUAUUCGCGGUUAGGUAAUCGAGUCAUCAAAAACCACCGAGGUCAUGUCAGGGCCCAACUAUUUAUUAAUAAUGUUUUAGUGUUUUCCACGACGAUUAUUAUCGAUACUUAAUUAUUAUUAUUGUAAUUAAUUAAAAUCGUCAUGUCUUACUGUGCAUACGAAACCUAUUAAGUUUUCAUCCUCCUUUUUCGUCGUCGUCGUUUUUAUUUAUUUAUUUAUUUAUUAUUAAUUUCAUUUUUAUCGUUGAGUAUUUAUUUAUUUACACUUAUAUCGAACGUGUUUUAGUUUAAAUGAUUUUUAAACGAUCUAUUAAUUAUUAUUAUUAUUAUUAUUAUUUUGGUACACCGAACGGUUACCCGCACUGUUAUAUACGUUGUAUAUGUUUAUUGAAUUGUUUUUUUUUUUUUUUUAAACUCGUAACGUAAAAUCAAAAUAUUAUAAUUAAUAUUAUUCUAGUUUUGUUAAACUCUAUAUACAGUCAUAGUUGUUAUUAUUAUUAAGUAUUAUUUUUAAUUGUAGUCUAAUCAAAUUCCUCUGUCUUUUUUUUCACUUCUUUUUUAUCUUUUUCUUUGCUCGGUCUUCGUCGAAGCCAUUUAUUUAUAUGUAAAUACUAUUUGUUGUAUCGCGAUCGAGAUACCCUUCUAAACAUGUUCGCCUUUUGUAAGUAUUGUCUGUGAUAUUUUAAUUGCCUAUAAACAUUUAUAAUAAUGACGGUUAUUAUUAUAUAUUAUAAUAAUUAUAAUUACUAUUAUUAAACUAUUAUACUAUU